AUGAGAUUCUCCGUCCUCUCCGUCCUCUCCCUCGUCGGUGCUGGCAUGGUUUCCGCUAUGCCCCAGGAUGGUGGCUUGAUGCAGCGCGACUCCAAGUGUAUCAAGCCUAUCCUCUGCUGCGGUACCCUGACCACCCCUCUCGACACCACCGUCGAUCCCAUCCUUGAGGAGCUUGGUGUUAAUGCCGCCGAGAUCGUUGGAUCCAUUGGUCUUGCCUGCCACGCCUACGAGGCUGGCAAGUGUGACAAUGCGCCCCAGUGCUGCUCUGAGGCCAACCUCCUGGGUGGCACUGUCGCUCUCGGAUGCGCUGAUCUCGAGUAA